UGUUUCGUAGGCAAUUCGCCAAGGAAGUGCAUAGAAGUUCGCUGAUAAAGUAAAUUUCUUCAAUAUUACAAUAGUGCGCCUAAAUGAUUAAGAGUCAAAGAAUACCUCAUUUGCCAAUGGUAAAGAGUGCAGCCCUUUGCAGCUGGCGAAACUUGUUGGAGUGCUUAUCGAGGCAUCUUAAGUCUGGCCGAGGAGGCAAUCAAAUGGAGGAGAGAUGGAUGCUCUCCCGCUUGGCUGACUGGACCACGAAUCAUCGUCCAUUAGUGGCCGACUGCUAAUGGAUGUUAAUAAGGCGUUAAAUGGCCUAAUUUCCGAUUAUGGCCCUCAGACCGAUAAGGUAAUGCGGAAACUAGCACAAUAUUUUGCUCGCCCAAGUGCUCAACUCAGCGCCAACCUCCUUUCAGCACGCUUUGCACUGAGAGAAAGGGUGCUAUCACUACUUAAGGUACCUAAAACAAAUGAUCAUAUGUUGUGGGAACUUCACACAAAAACGUAGGAAGCUUCUCGUUAAACUGACAAUGGUAGAAAUGGGAUGGAAAUGGGCCAAUUAUUUAAAAAGUAGUAAAGACGAUCAAAAUAAAAGUUUUGUUUCCAAAUCCCUCUGCAAACCAAGUCAACUGGACGCCCAAAAAUUAGCGAAAUGGCUCAACUUUUGAAUCGAUUGAAACGCAGAACUAAUGACGAUUCAUCCACCGAUUUCGGUCCUUCGCCGAAGCGUUCCAAGGACAAGCAUCUGAAUAAAGACAGUAGGAGCAGCUGCAGCAUUCCGCGUUUGGAGGACGACGAUACCAAGGGAUCUAAAGAAUCAGGGUUCUUUCUGGAACUAGGACCCAAGGAAAAUCCCUACUACUUACAGAACCAGCUGCUCUUCAACUUGCAUGUCGAGCGGGAAAAGCGCAGGGAAAUAAAUAAUAAUUUCUUAAAAAGUAAUUACUUAAAUUUGUAAAUACUCGUAUGUACUGUAAGUCGCAUAAGGUAGACUUGACCUUCAAUUAAUUCUUAUCCAUAUACCUUCUCGAACGCUUGUCUGUUAUUUACGGAAUGAAAAGAGGCACUUAAAAUGCUUUUAGUUAUUUACUUAAAA